AUGGCAAGUCGUGACAGAAAGUACCUGCAUUAUGGAACCGCAAUAAAAAAAUGCCGAGAUACUCCGGAAAUCUUGGAGAUGAUCCUGGCUCAGAUGGAUAUGCGCACGCUUCUCACCUCAGCUCAGCGAGUCUCUCGGAGCUGGUUCAACUUGAUCAGCACGUCACCAUCAAUCCAAAAAGCACUUUUCUUCACUCCGAUCAAAGACUCCGAAUGGGGAAUAGGAGCAAAGAUACUCAAUCCCCUAUUGACUGAGACUUUUGUGUCUCUCUUUCCCGCUAAAGGCAAAUCAUAUAGCUGUUGUUUCGAUAUUUGUGACUUGCCUAUGGCCAAAGACGCCUUAAUAAUGACUCGAUUCGCACGAAAAGACGCAAGCUGGCGCAAGAUGCUAGUCCAACAGCCUCCCGUCUCGGGUAUUGGGCUUUUCCCACUUCUCAGCUCACGCGGCCACCACGGCGUCAACUGCUAUAGUAUCCCGGCAGAUCAAAAGAUGCAGGAAUCCGGACACAAUGGUCUUCGGAUGGAACGGCUCUUUGAGGUUUUGCUCUUGACUCGCUUCACCUCCCCGCACGUAUAUUGGUCUCCUGGAAAAUCAAUCGAGUUUGACAGGAGUAACUCCCAGGUAAUCAAAGACGCAUUUGAUCUGCAGUUGAGCAAGUCUGGCUUAGUUCUUUGUACUGAAACGGCAAUGCCGUGCGAUGUGGUGCCAAGCCCCAGACGUCCUCCAAGCGCUGCGCAAAUCAUCAGGGAGAAGAUUAUCGCAGCGUUUAGAGAACAGGGCUUGGAUGCUGAUCUUAAGAGAAAGUGUAUAAGGGAAUCACAGGUGGGGGGCGAUUUUGUCGGGUCCAUCGACGUGUUAGUCGAAUAUGGCGCUUGUACGCCACCCCCACCGCGGAGGACAGUCAGGUAG